UCAGGAACCGGCACCCACGAGCUUUUGCGAGUGCCUGGCUGCCCGGUUCCCUUUCCUGGCACUUCGGGCUGCCCUUGCCGGCGUGUGCCGAGGCUCCGGCAGGAAGCAGCUCCUUGAGCCGGGCUAGCUGCCGGGAUGGCGGAGGCAGAGCCAGACCUGUAUGAGAGACUGCAGAUCCGUUACCCACCCAGCCCCACUCGAGUACUGGCACCUGGAUCUCCUCCAGCCGCAUCCCGCUGGACGCUGGGCACCGUCCUGGCCGUGGGCAUGGGGGUGGUCCUGGUGGCCACCCUGGCAGCCCUCAUCACCCUGUACGUGCAGGGCCAGGCGGAGCUGCGGGCAGCACGGGCAGAGCUGGUGGCCGUUGGAGCCCAUCCGCUGCCUGACCCUGAUGGUCCCUUGAACCCCAGUGAGAGCCCGGCAGCGGCGCAAAGGCGGAAGGAGCAGCUCGGGCGGUGGCUGCAGGGGCUGUCCCUGGGAUGGCGGUACCACCAGGGGAAGAUCUACUACUUCUCGAGGGAGCCGAAGCCCUGGAGUGAGGCGGAGGCCGCCUGCCGCUUCACCCACUCCUACCUCACCUCCAUCACCAGCCUUGAGGAGCAGGACUACCUGGCGCAGGAAGCAAGGGGAGGAUCCUACUGGAUUGGGCUGACAGCCACGGGCCCCGGGGGCUCUUGGCGCUGGGUGGAUGGAGCUACCUACUCCCAGGCCCAGAGUUUCUGGGCACCGGGGCAGCCGGACAGCACAGACCACGGGCAGUGGGGCCAGGAGGACUGCGCCCAGAUCCACCCUGUGCGCAACGGCCUCUGGAACGACCACAACUGCAACUUCACCUUCCCUUGGAUCUGCAAGAGGGACCUGAGCAUGCCCUGAUGCCCCGCUGACAGAUCCCCUGCGGGCACGCUGCCGGCCCCGCUGCCAGCCCCCUCACCCCAUGCAGCGUGCUGGAUGAGCCCCCCCCGGCACCUCCGCUCCUCCCUGAAGCAGGGCAGAUCCCCGGCCAGUGCCCGUGCCACGACACUGACGCCACCGCCGAUGCUCCAGACCCCAAUGCUACCCCCUGCACACAGAGCCCUGAUUAAACUUCUCCUGCUGCACCUC